AUGAGGAUGUUAAAGAUUUUCAUCCUUUUCCUGCUUCUCGUUGGAAGUCACAGUAGACCGACUCCAAAGCCAGAAGCCGUGAAGGGUAACCAAGGAAAAGGAAGACCUGAAGAACACCAUUGUAAAGAUGAUGACGACGAAAACGAUGACAAGGAUGAUGAUGAUGACAGAGAUGAUGACGAGGAUGAUGAAGAUGACAAUGACGAUGAUGAUGAUGACAACAAUGAUGAUAAUGAAGACGACAAUGACAACAAUGACGACAACGAUGAUGACGGCAAUGAUGAAGUCGACGAUGACAACAAUGAUGACAACGACAAUGAUGACGACAUCGAUGAUGAUGAAGAUGAUGACGAAGAUGAUGAAGACAAUGACAACGAUAAUAACGACAAUAAUGACAACGAUGAUGAUGAAGAUAAUGACGACAAUGAUGAUGAAGACGACGAUGACAACAACGACAAUAAUGAUGACGACGAUGAUGAAGAUGAUGAAGACAAUGACAACGAUAACAAUGAUGAUGAUGAUGACGAAGAUGAUGACGACAAUGAUGAUGAAGACGACGAUGAAAACGAUGAUGACAAUAAUGACGAUGAUGACGACAAUGAUGAUGACAAUGAUGACGAUGACAACAAUGACGAUAAUGGUGCUGAUGAUGAAGACAACGAUGAUGACGACGAAGAUGAUGAAGAUGAUGACAAUGAUGAUGACGACAAUGAUGAUGACGACAAUGAAGAUGAUGACAAUGAUGAAGACGACGACAACAAUGACGACGAUGGUGCUGAUGACGACGAUGAUAAUGACAAUAACGAUGAAGAUGAUGACAAUGAUGAAGACGACAAUGAAGAUGAUGACGAAGAUGAUGGCGACGAUGAUGAUCGAGACGACGAUGAUGACGACGAAGAUGGCGACGACGAUGAAGAUAAUGACAACGAUGAUGACAAUGAUGAUGACGAAGAUGAUGAAGACAAUGACGACGACGAUGAUGACGAAGGUGAUGAAGACAAUGACGACAAUGAUGAUGACAAUGAUGACGAUGAUGAUGACAAUGAUGAGGACGACAAUGAAGAUGGCGACGAUGAUGAUGAUGAUGAAGAUGAUGAAAAUGACAGCAACGAUGAAGACGAUGACGAAGAUGAUGACAAUGGCAACAACGAUGAAGACGAUGAAGACAAUGACAACGAUAACAACAAUGAUGAUGACGAUGAAGAUGAUGACGACGAUGAUGACGGCAAUGAUGAAGUCGACGAUGACAACAAUGAUGACAACGACAAUGAUGACGACAUCGAUGAUGAUGAAGAUGAUGACGAAGAUGAUGAAGACAAUGACAACGAUAACAACGACAAUAAUGACAACGAUGAUGAUGAAGAUAAUGACGACAAUGAUGAUGAAGACGACGAUGACAACAACGACAAUAAUGAUGACGACGAUGAUGAAGAUGAUGAAGACAAUGACAACGAUAACAAUGAUGAUGAUGAAGACGACGAUGAAAACGAUGAUGACAAUAAUGACGAUGAUGACGACGAUGAGGAUGACAAUGAUGACGAUGACAACAAUGACGAUAAUGGGGCUGAUGAUGAAGACAACGAUGAUGACGACGAAGAUGAUGAAGAUGAUGACAAUGAUGAUGACGACAAUGAUGAUGACGACAAUGAAGAUGAUGACAAUGAUGAAGACGACGACAACAAUGACGACGAUGGUGCUGAUGACGACGAUGAUAAUGACAAUAACGAUGAAGAUGAUGACAAUGAUGAAGACGACAAUGAAGAUGAUGACGAAGAUGAUGGCGACGAUGAUGAUCGAGACGACGAUGAUGACGACGAAGAUGGCGACGACGAUGAAGAUAAUGACAACGAUGAUGACAAUGAUGAUGACGAAGAUGAUGAAGACAAUGACGACGACGACGAUGACGAAGGUGAUGAAGACAAUGACGACAAUGAUGAUGACAAUGAUGACGAUGAUGAUGACAAUGAUGAGGACGACAAUGAAGAUGGCGACGAUGAUGAUGAUGAUGAAGAUGAUGAAAAUGACAGCAACGAUGAAGACGAUGACGAAGAUGAUGACAAUGGCAACAACGAUGAAGACGAUGAAGACAAUGACAACGAUAACAACAAUGACAAUGAUGAUGACGAUGAAGAUGAUGACGACGAUGAUGACGAAGACAAUGACAACAAUGACGACGAUGGUGCUGAUGACGACGAUGAUAAUGACAAUAACGAUGAAGAUGAUGACAAUGAUGAAGACGACAAUGAAGAUGACGACGAAGAUGGUGACGACGAUGAAGAUAAUGACAACGAUGAUGACAAUGAUGAUGACGAAGAUGAUGAAGACAAUGACAACAACGAUGAUGACGAAGAUGAUGAAGACAAUGACAACGAUGAUGACAAUGAUGAUGACGACAAUGAAGAUGAUGACAAUGAUGAAGACGGCGACAACAAUGACGAUGAUGGUGCUGAUGACGACAAUGAUAAUGACAACAACGAUGAAGAUGAUGAUGACAAUGAUGAGGACGACAAUGAAGAUGAUGACGAAGAUGAUGGCGACGAUGAUCGAGACGACGAUGAUGACGACGAAGAUGGCGACGACGAUGAUGAAGAUAAUGACAAUGAUGAUGACGAAGAUGAUGAAGACAAUGACGACGACGAUGAUGACGAAGAUGAUGAAGACAAUGACGACAAUGAUGAUGACAAUGAUGACGAUGAUGACAAUGAUGAGGACGACAAUGAAGAUGAUGACGAAGAUGAUGGCGACGAUGAUGACAAUGAUGAUGACGAAGAUGAUGAAGACAAUGACGACAAUGAUGAUGACAAUGAUGACGACGACAACAAUGACGAUGAUGGUGCUGAUGAUGAAGAUAACGAUGAUGACGACGAAGACGAUGACGAUGAUGACAAUGAUGAUGAUGACAAUGAAGAUGAUGACGAUGAAGACGACGACAACAAUGACGAUGAUGGUGCUGAUGAGGACGAAGAUGAUGAAGACAAUGACGACAAUGAUGAUGACGAUGAUGAAAAUGAUGAGGAUGACAAUGAAGAUGAUGGCGACGAUGAUGAUCGAGACGACGAUGAUGACGACGAAGAUGGCGACGACGAUGAUGAAGAUAAUGACAACGAUGAUGACAAUGAUGAUGACGAAGAUGAAGACAAUGACGACAAUGAUGAUGAUGGUGCUGAUGAUGAAGACAACGAUGAUGACGACGAAGAUGAUGACGAUGAUGACAAUGAUGAUGAUGACAAUGAAGAUGAUGACAAUGAUGAAGACGACGACAACAAUGACGAUGAUGGUGCUGAUGACGACGAAGAUGAUAAUGACAGCAACGAUGAAGACGAUGACGAAGAUGAUGACAAUGGCAACAACGAUGAAGACGAUGAAGACAAUGACAACGAUAACAACAAUGACAAUGAUGAUGACGAUGAAGAUGAUGACGACGAUGAUGACGAAGACAAUGACAACAAUGACGACGAUGACGACGAUGAAGAUGAUGACGAAGAUGAUGGCGACGAUGAUGAUCGAGACGACGAUGAUGACGACGAAGAUGGUGACGACGAUGAAGAUAAUGACAACGAUGAUGACAAUGAUGAUGACGAAGAUGAUGAAGACAAUGACAACAACGAUGAUGACGAAGAUGAUGAAGACAAUGACAACGAUGAUGACAAUGAUGAUGACGACAAUGAAGAUGAUGACAAUGAUGAAGACGGCGACAACAAUGACGAUGAUGGUGCUGAUGACGACAAUGAUAAUGACAACAACGAUGAAGAUGAUGAUGACAAUGAUGAGGACGACAAUGAAGAUGAUGACGAAGAUGAUGGCGACGAUGAUGAUCGAGACGACGAUGAUGACGACGAAGAUGGCGACGACGAUGAUGAAGAUAAUGACAAUGAUGAUGACGAAGAUGAUGAAGACAAUGACGACGACGAUGAUGACGAAGAUGAUGAAGACAAUGACGACAAUGAUGAUGACAAUGAUGACGAUGAUGAUGACAAUGAUGAGGACGACAAUGAAGAUGAUGACGAAGAUGAUGGCGACGAUGAUGACAAUGAUGAUGACGAAGAUGAUGAAGACAAUGACGACAAUGAUGACGACGACAACAAUGACGAUGAUGGUGCUGAUGAUGAAGACAACGAUGAUGACGACGAAGACGAUGACGAUGAUGACAAUGAUGAUGAUGACAAUGAAGAUGAUGACGAUGAAGACGACGACAACAAUGACGAUGGUGCUGAUGAGGACGAAGAUGAUGAAGACAAUGACAACGAUAACAAUGACAAUGAUGACGAUGAUGAUGGUGAUGAUGACGAUAACGAUGAUGACGACGAUGAUGACGAUGACAAUGACGCCGGUGAUGAUGGAGACGAUGAUGACGAAGAUGAUGACGAUGAAGAUGGCGAUGACGAUGAUGACAAUGAUGAUGACGAAGAUGAUGAAGACAGUGACAACGAUAACAAUGACAGUGAUGACGAUGAUGGUGAUGAUGAUGAAGACAACGAUGAUGAGGAAGAUGAUGACAAUGAUAACAACGAUGAUGACAAUGAUGACGAUGAUGUAGACGACGAUGAUGAAGACGACGACAAUGACGAUAAUGGUGAUGAUAAUAAUGAAGACAACGAUGAUGAUGACGAGGAUGACAAUGACAACAACGAUGAAGACGAUGAUGACAAUGAUGAUGACGAAGAUGAUGACGACGAUGACAACGAUGAAGAUGAUGAUGACAAUGAUGAUGACGGCGAUGAAGACAGUGACAACGAUAACAACGACAAUGAUGAUGAAGAUGAUAAUGAUGACAACGAUGAUGAUUACGACAAUGAUGACGACGAAGAUGAUAACAACGAUGAGGAAGAUGAUGGAGACGAUGAUGAUGAAGACAACAGUGAUGAUGACGAUAAUGACGAUGACGACAACAAUGACAAUGAUGACAGUAAUGAUGAUGAAGACAACGAUGAUGACGACGAUGAUAACGAUGAUGAAAAUGAUGAUGAAGACGAAGACGAUGAAGACAAUGACAACGAUGAAGACGAUGAUGACGCUGACGAUGAUGAUGAUGUCAAUGAUGACGGAGAUGGUGAUGAUGAUGACAACACCGAUGAUGAUGAUGGAGACGAUGAUAAUGAAGACGAUGACAUGGAUGAUGACGAUGAUGAUAAUGACGACAACGAUGAUGACGACGACGACGAUGAUGAUGACGUUGAUGAUGAUGACAAUGAUACAGAUGAUAAUAAUGACAACAAUGAUGAUGAAGACGACGAUGAUGACAGAGAUGAUGACGAUGACGACGGAAGCUGCAAGUCAUCGCGUUUGGUGUUGGAAGUUGGCGGCCAGCAGGUGGUCCUGGAGGGGGCGCCGCACGCACUGGUUCAGAUUCACGACAAGAAAGUUCUCAUCAAGGUCCCCCCUUCCGAAUGCGGCGGUGGCUGCCCAUAUGGCAGCCACUAG